CAUUAUCAAUUUCCAGAUGGGUGAUUAUUUCCGUGGUAUGCUGAUUGAGACAUUAGAGGAUUUAGGAAAAACUGCGAACCCAGAAGCAAAGAUAGUCAGUCUCCAGUUGGAAUUGGAGACACAAAAAUAUCGGCACAUGCUUGAAAUGACUGAGCUUAGGAAAAACGUUUGCGUUAUAUUGAAAGAUAUUCAAAGGAGUAUUCUAGAGGAAAGAGAAAAGGCCAUCAAUGAAACUAGAGCCACCUGCGAAGCUGAAACAAUUAAGAGAGUGGAAUUGGCCAAAUCGAAACAAUGGUGUGCAAAUUGUUCGAAAGAAGCCCAAUUUUACUGCUGUUGGAACACUAGUUACUGUGAUUAUCCCUGCCAACAGAAGCACUGGCCGCAGCACAUGGGCAAGUGUACACAGAGUAUUGAAAAAACAAAUAACUCUACCACGCUACCGAAUCGACCUUCCCCGCAGAUCGUCUUGAGGCCGGCCGGACCUCCGAAACCAGGAGUCGCGAGGAUCGUUCCUAAACCAACCAAGGUUUACCCAAGAGCAAGUGCACCGCUAAAAACUUACAAGGUAUGUAUACUUUGAGUUAUAUUUUUCAGU